UAUAUAAGCAUUUUUUUAUUUUGUUUAUGUCAGUGAGGUUUGAAAUUUGAAAUUUAGUGUGUUUUAGUUGAAUUCAUCGAGAUGGCUGAUAAGAAUCGGUUUAUUUUUGAUUGUGGCUUCGUACUUAUCGUAUUAGUGUCAAUACUAAAAAUAACAGAAUGUGUUGACGACGACUACAAUGUGUUGCACAACGAUGGUUCCUUUGAAUUUGGUUCCAACAGCCCAGAUUCGUACCACUACGCUGAUGGUAACAGAAACAACGUUGUAAAGGGAGAAUUUGGUGCUAGAAACCCAGGCACAGGUGCCAUCGAUUCCACGAUAUACACUGCAGGCCCUAGAGGUUACAGACCGCGCGGGAAAAACAUUCACCGGAAAUACGACUUGAACCAAAACGGGCGUAGACCCGUAGGGUCGAGAGACGACCCCUACUACGACCCCUACGAAGACCCUAGCUACAACUUCUCGUUCAGGACCAGAACCUACAACAGAGACGAAAGCGCCAACAGGGUGGGAGAUGUCAACGGAAGGUACUCUUACUUGGAUGACGUGGGUGAGAGGCACAACGUGGAGUUUAUAGCCGGGGCUAAAACCGGUUUCCACGUUAAAACUCCUUUCCCCGACUCCAAUCCGCGAGGGUAUGGUCCUUUGUACUUCAACGGCAGAGGAAAGCCUAUACCCAGGGGAAGAACAUCCGUACAGAGGGGAGUCGAUGGGAGUUACAAGUUUGUCUCUGCAGGUCCUGAUCAACGCCGGACGGAAACAGCUGACGCAACAGGUCACGUGAGAGGGUCCUACACCUACUUGGAUGACAAAGGUGUCCAGCACAGUGUUCACUAUAUAGCCGGUCCUGAAACUGGGUAUAGAGUGUUGAAGAACGUCAAAGGACCUCAUCUACCUACGGUGUUUCCCUUCGGACGUCCGGGUAUCAUCCCGCCAGAUUUCUACGACUACAACGGAAGGGAGGGCGAUUUAUUCGAUACAGCCGCCAGUGGCAGUCCUGUUGAUAAUAAUGUGGAUAAUAAUUUGAAACCUGGUAAAGAUGAGGUGAACUUCGAUACAGGUAUUGAUGUGAACAAGGAUGAUUUCAAUAAGUUUAAUAACGAUGCUAGCUCGACGACUCCCUUUCCACCUAGAAGACCUGCGAGACCACAAAACAGACCUGGAGUUAAUAGACCGUAUGGAGCGAAUAGGCCGUCUUACAGCGAUGACGGUGAUGAAUCCGACUUUGAUUUAUUCGGAGGUGUUAGUGGUGGAUCGUCAACCACAGCAAAGCCAUACGAUGACGGUCAAUAUAGGCCAUCGUCAACAGAAAGAACCCAAAGUAGUUCCACAACUUCCAGGCCUUCUGAUGGUGGCUUUAUAAGUUUGGAUGGUGGGGGGGAUUAUGGUUCCAGACCAAGACCUGGCGCCACCGUAUCUACCAGCGCCACAUCUUCAUCUACACCAAAUUAUGGGAAUGACGGUGAUGGUUAUAGUUCCACCAUCAGGCCGAGUAAUAGACCUAGUGGACGUCCCAGGCCAACUUACGAAGACGAUUUUAGCAUUUUCGGCAGCGAAUCCCACGGAAGUCAUUUCGGAAUAAGCGAAGGUACUGAUGGGUAUGGAAGUAACUGUCCCAAAUGUCGCGGCACAGUCGUUACUAACGUCGGAUAUAACACCUUUUCCGUGCCACCUGGAGUUUCCGUGAGGGCCCACGUUCAAGCAAUUGAUUUGUUCCCAGUUUCGGACGUGUUUCCAUCGCCCAGCGAGCAAUUUAGGGCGGAUAUGGGCUUGAAGACGGAGCAGCUGAACGAAGCGCCAACCAAGGAGGCCAGAGCUACCACCACGAAGAAUGCGGAUAGUUCCGAGGAAGUUACCACGACGGUGGUGCCCACUACUACAAGUAACUCCACUAGUGCCUAGAGAUAUCUCUACUUAUAUGUAAAUAUAUCCAAAGAUGUUAGGUGUAUUAUUUAUUAAAU